GUUCAGCGACAGGAGGGAGUUUUUCUUUAUUCCGCAGCAGAGGGUGAGACAGACAUGCCAAACGAAUCUACAGCCAGAGACUAUCAGUCCAUUCCAGACAUGACGCAGGUAUAUCGAGCGUCCUGGAAAACGUUCUAUGUGAUCCUGAGUGGAAUCACAAACAACACUCAUGUAGAGUUUGUAAAGAUGAUUAAAAGCCACGGACACACUGAGGUCACCGAUCCUGAAGAAUGUGACUACUGUCUGCUCUUCUGUCCCAUCACUUCACGAGUUGGAACCGACGUGGAGUUGGCCCUCAGAAAGAUUCCUGCAAAUAAGCCGACAAUCCUGGUGGUGAUGUAUCACACCUUCGAUCGUUACCACGUCGUACUCGACAGCAGGAGGCUGACGGAGGAUCCACGUGUCCACCUCACAGUGAACUCUCUGUUCCAUGAGCACAAUCUGUUGAACUCUAACUGCAACGAGACGGCGAAGUAUGAGAUCAGGAAGUUUCUCGAAUUAUCCCAGAACCUGUUGUCCAUCAUCAGAAGGAACCCAUUGUCCAUCACAAAAUGCGACAACAAACAUCUGCUCUUCAUCGGUGUAGGCCUGGUGGUUGUUAUUCUGAUUGUUCUGCUGAUCUUUUCCCGACAUGGAACUAACAUGACGGAGGACAGUGAACACGCAAGACAACACAAAAUCACAAUAAGGAAUCUUAAAUCUCGUUGAAUCUCAUUAUCACAAUUAACUAUUCCUAAACUAACUAGUCAUGUGUGUGUAGUUGUGAAGAUUCCAGGGCUGAAGAUUGCCACGAGAAAUGUUAUGAUGUAGUUUUUCAUUCAGGAGAGAAAAAUGAAGAAAAUGCAUUGAAGUGGAAUGAAAACAACUCCAGUUUGCCUGAUCUGGGCCACAAGGAAGACUCAGCAAUACCAAAUGUCAACCAAAAGUGGGAAACAUCAGCUUUAAUGCCUCAUUUUCUGUGAAGUUCAAAGUUGCGAUGACUAGAAUCACACCUGCUCUGAUUCGAUGAGGUUUCCAAUGAAGACUCACUUUUAUUUAAAAUAAAGAUUGUUGCUGCUUCAUUCUGCUUGAAAUAUUAAGAUCACAUCAUGUUUGUGCCGCUUGUCUCUGUAACAGCUGAUAAUGAAUCAAUACAAGUCAAUACAUCUCCGGCAGAUUCCCUGCACUCUGAAGAGAAGCAGCAGCCCCAGAAGGUUUCAGACCACAGAACCCAGCAGAACUGAAGUCGGGCUAGAUUCAUUCAAGUGAAGAAAGAUGUGCCCUGAAAACAAAACGUCAACUUCAAUCAAACCUAUAGAGCAGGGGUUUUCAACUGGUUUUGUCCCAGGGACCACCAUUCUGACUAGGAAGUAAUCCGCGGGCCCACUGAUGUGCCUACGUGUGUGUGUGCGCGCAAGUGGAUAGAAUGAAGUAUUAACGUUUGGUUUUCCAUGUUGUUUUAUUUAAAAAACCUCAAACAAAUCCCCAAAAAUGUGUAAAAAACAAAGAAAUGGUUAAUUUUAAUGGUUAAUAAACGUUAAAGUAACGAUGAUCAAUAAAACAUAUGUUCAUAAUAAAAACAUAAACUGGUGCUACAACUCAAUAGGGAAGAUGACAAAGUAAUGCAGACUAUGUCAUAAAUGAUAAGCAUAAAAUAUCUCACAAACAAUUGAGGCCUACUUAACUUUAACCUCAUGAUCACCAGCAGCAAAUCCCACCUACUGCCUGAGUAGUACUUGUGUGUGUGUGUUUGUCUAGAUCUCUCCUAAGAAAUGUUUCUCAGCCAGCGAACGUGGUAAAGUUGACUGUUAUUGCAGAUAAUUGUUUUGGCUAUUAUGCCAAUUUGUUUUUCGCUCUUUUGUUUUAUUUAAUAUUUUCUUUAUUUAUUCUGCACUUUCGGCCUUCUGUUUGGGAAAAUAAAAAUUCCCAUCAUACAAACUA